AAUCAUCUUCCAAUGCCACCAGAUUGCGACAUGUGGAAGAAGACGCGUUCGGGAGAAGAAAGGAGGAUCCCGGAUUUCGGAGUAUAAAAGGUCGAGAUAUCUGUGGACAGAUGCUCAAAUCAUCUUGACAUCACACGGCUAAUAUGAAGUUUUACGUGCUGAUCUGCUGCGCGGCUGCUGUAGCAGCAGCACCUGCUGACAAACAGAAGAGGGAAAUUUUGCCAGGAGACCCGCGUUACGGCACCGACUAUCAUCACCAUCAUCAUCAUCACGACAACGAUGUACAGACUGUAAAAGCCGCCGGCGGUUACGCGGGUUCUUUUGCGGUUCCGGACACGGAGGGCCGAUCGCACCAAACAUACUCGUCCUACGGACCCCCGAACUAUCAAUCCGGCACGCCGUUGAGCUUCGAACAAUCGGCAAACGAUGCCACCAAAACUUCCGCCGCUCAAGUUCCAUCCACUUCUUAUGGAAUACCCGAUACCUUUCAGAAUAUUAACAACAAUUACUAUCUUGGACCUGUCGACGAAAAAAAUCCCACAGUCAAGACGAGCACUUUGAACGUCGAUUACCAGCUACCAUCCGUUGAAGCGCCCAUUUCUUACGCUGCUGAUCUUAAAGAAACGCAUGUGCAGAGCAACGCGGCAGCCGUUUCCGAGGCGCAGCAACCGACGGUCGCUCAGAAGAAUUUGGAAACUGUUCGGCAAGUGAAGGUGACAUCUCAGUCUCAAGGAGCUCAUCAGCACACUAGCGGGCCCAUCUUCACCAUCCCUUCGCUCAGCUACACUUCGUACAGCAGCAUACCCGUGAAGACCGUGGACCGCCAUGUGCACGUGCAAGUGCCACAGCCGUAUCCCGUGCCGAUAACCAAACACGUCACGGUUUCCGUUCCUGUGCCCCAGCCCGUCGAAGUGCCGAAGGCCUAUUACGUCCGCGUGCCCCAACCCGUUCGGAUCACCGUGGACCGUCCGUACCCCGUGGAAGUGCCGCGCCCGGUGCCGUACACCGUUCCCCAGUACGUCAGAACCAACGUUCCGGUUCACGUGACCACAUUCGAAGCGAUAAAAGGAAACAACCCGUUCGAAAACUUCUUGUCCAACAUCCCGACUUUCGGACAGAACUUCCCUUCGUUGGACAGCUUUCCUUUUCCCUGGAACUUUCCGGGUUUCCCUGGAUUAGAUUCGUUCCUACCAAAUCAGCAACCAACCCAGCAACCAACUCAGCAACCAACCCAGCAACCAACUCAAACUCCGGGAGCGAGUCAAUCCGACGUGCUGUUUUCGGCCAACACUGACGGGGUCGCGGUCGAGAGUCCGACGACGAAAACCGAAGUUGUACCUAAACCCACCGUCGUGCAGUCGGUGAAGAUUCAACAAACGCAGGAAACAUACAAGCCGAGCACAGCGUGCGCCGGAUGUUCCGUUACGAACGCUCAGCCAACAAAGCUGAACGACUUGGCGCAGCCCACGAAGUUCGAAUCUGAGCAGUCACCCACAAAUCAGCAGGAAUACGUGCAGCCCACUGACGCCAACGGUGGUUACGUUUACUAGAGAGUUGUUUGUCGUAAAAAGAGGGACGUUGAACAAGGCUACUGAAAUUUGUUAGAAGAAAUCCACUGAAGAAAGGAUUACAACAAUCUCUUGUUUUCCCGAAGUGCUCGAGUUGAUUGAGAAAAGUUCUAUGCUUUUCUAACAGCUUAUUUUAUCAUAUUUAGAUAUAAAAGUGAAUGUUUUGAUCUUGCAGUAAGAUGAUUUCUUUAAUAGCGCGCGUGCGCGUUUCCAGUACCUAUUCAAUUGACUUGAAAAAUUCGUAUCGGAACAAUUUCUCUUUCUCUCUCAAUUUCUUCUUUUCUCUUUUCUUCUAAGCAUAAUCCGUGAAAAAGAUCUUAAUUUUUAAAUGUUUCUCUUAUUUGAGAUUUUAUUUUAUUUAUUUAUUUUUUUUUUUUUUACUGGAAAACAAGCUACAUCCAAGAUUUGAGUAAUUUAUUUUACUCGAUUGUUUAAAUAAAUCUUCUUGUUUUGAAUCCUUUCGUUAGUCGCUCCUUUGUAAUAGCGAUUUCGGCUGGUUUGCACCGACUGCACAUUUCGGGUGUCGGUGCAAAUUGUGUGUUCGGCUGGUCGAAUGGCAGCAGUUCUUUGCUGGUUCCGCGUAUUCGUCUGAGCUCAGUACACCGCAUAGGUGCAUGUUGAGUUUACACAAAGUGGCUCUCACAAAUUAGUCGGAGCCAGUUAGUGUAAUCAGUACACACACCGAUGCGGUGUUGCACACAAUUGCACCAACUCUACACAGGUGGCACACCGGUGCAGACCAGCCGAAAUCGCUAUAAGUAGCAUGAUUCUCUAUGGCCGCGGAUAGGAAGAAAUCUUCCAACAAAUUGACAAAGACGUCUUAUAUGAAUGUUCGAAAGUCAGAAGAAUAUUGACAUCAGAGAGAAAAGUUGUACAUAUACGAUUUCGUUUACGUAAAUAAAGUUCUCUUUUAUUACAAACGUCA